AUAAAAAAUGUCGAAGUCAAAACGCUUGGAUAAAGCAGCAGAAAUCAUUGAUAAAUCUGCAGAAGUAAUGACAGGAAUGGUUGAUGCAUUCAAAAGCAAUAUUCCAAAUGGUACUACUCAAGCAAUCGUGACUGUAGCAGAAGCCGUUGCUCCUUUUCUACCUCUUGCGGCGCUUGUGGCUACUUUAACAAAAGAAAUUGUAGAAGCAUAUGAAAAUGUUCAAUAUAACAAAAAAACUUGUAGUGCAUUAGUCAAUCGAGUUGAAGCUGCCGAAACUUCAAUUAAAGCAUUGAUGAGACAAAAAGAAGAGAAUCUUAAAAAUUUUCGGGAUCAAAAUUAUUAUAAAACUUUUAUAAGAUUUACAAAUUGUUUAAAACAAAUUAAGAAAUUAUUUGAUGAUAUUUCUCAAUUACCUAAAUUUAAAAAAUUUGUUUCGAGUGCAAGUAUCAGAGAAAGGUUUGAAAAGAGUAUCAAAGAAUUCAAUAGCUGCUCUAAUGAUUUAAAUUUAGCAAUUUCUAUCGCUACACAAGAUCAAUUGAAUAAGGAUUUGAUAAUUUUACAUGAUGAUAUGAUUGAAAUGAAUAAGUUUUUACAUAAGAUUGAAGGUGGUAUCACAGAUACAGUUAAUAAUACCGAAACAAUCGUGAACAAAUUGGAAAUUCAAAACAAUGAAAUAAAAAUCAUAGUUGAAAAUAUUAUAGAACAAAAUAAACGACUUACGGAAAUGAAUGAAAGACUCGAUGAAGACAAAAAAGAAAAUAAAACGAUCAAAUUUACUUCGCUCAAUAGAGUAAUUGAUUCUAUUUUCUUACUUAAUAAACAAGUGAAUGAACAAAAUUCAGCAAUAGUAGUUAAAGCAAAAGAAAUUAAAGCUUCAGAACUCAAAGAUCCUCUAAAAUAUGUACCACCACGUCAAGGUAGCAGAGUAAAAAUUCAAAAAAAAGUUUAUAAUGCAUUGGAAGUUGCUUGUAAACCCAUUUCUGUAGACGAUAUCCAAAAAACUCAAAAGCACCUUGCUAUCUUAGAAAAAUUGGAUGCUUGCCCAU